CUUCCCGCGGACGCCAAUGACCCCUUUCUAAAACCCUCAUUCCUGUUACUUUCCGACGGCGAACUCUCUCUUCUCCCAGACUUUAGGGUUUUGCAGAGGAAGCUGAGAAGAUGACCGCCUUCCUCAGAAGAACUCUCAAUUCCUCCACGCCCUUCUCAGGCGUCUUCCUUACCAGAACCCUAACCUCUCUGAUCUCUUUCGAGACGUCCGUUCGUCAUGUCUCUGCAGCUCCCUGUUAUGCCCCUUCUCCGAAUCCUAGCAGAGCUCCAAGCUUCUCUCCUUUUGCGGCAUCCGAUACUGCCGGCUUGCCGUUUGGUUUCCGUGGCUUCCGGAUGUGCCCGGAGGUGUGCUUCCAUGCGUCAGUGCCUGCUUCCGCGGAGUACGCCGUCGCGGACUUAUCUGACGAGGACAGACCGAGCGCAAUAAAGGGAGAUGAGGGGCUCGAGAUCGCCAAGCUCGGCAUCUCACAGGAUAUCGUCUCUGCGCUGGCAAAGAAGGGAAUCACCAAACUGUUCCCCAUUCAGAGAGCUGUUUUGGAGCCAGCAAUGCAAGGGCGUGAUAUGAUUGGCCGGGCCAAAACUGGAACAGGGAAAACUUUGGCUUUUGGAAUCCCAAUCAUGGACAGGAUCAUACAAUUCAAUGCUAAACAUGGGCGUGGAAGAAAUCCUUUGGCCUUGGUUAUGGCACCAACUAGGGAGCUUGCUCGCCAAGUUGAAAAAGAAUUCAGAGAGUCAGCACCUGUGUUGGAUACCAUAUGUGUUUAUGGUGGUGUUCCUAUAUCUUCUCAAAUGAGGACUCUUGAUUAUGGGGUGGAUAUUGUUGUUGGGACCCCAGGGCGCAUUAUUGAUUUGCUCAAGAGAGGUGCAUUAAACUUGUCAGAAGUGCAAUUUGUUGUCUUAGAUGAGGCUGAUCAAAUGCUUGCUGUGGGGUUUGAUGAGGAUGUUGAGGUAAUUUUGGAAAAGUUGCCUCAGAACCGUCAAAGCAUGAUGUUUUCUGCUACAAUGCCAAGUUGGAUAAGGAGGCUAUCACAAAAGUAUUUGAAGAAUCCACUUGUCAUCGAUCUUGUUGGUGAUUCUGAUAAAAAAUUAGCUGAAGGGAUUAGUUUACAUUCCAUUGUGUCAGACAUUUACUCGAAGCCCUCGGUUCUCAAUCAUCUGAUAACAGAGCAUGCCAAAGAUGGGAAAUGCAUUGUCUUCACCCAAACAAAACGUGAUGCAGACCGACUGUCAUACACUAUGUCUCGGACUUUGAGAUGUGAAGCAUUGCAUGGUGAUAUCUCUCAGAAUCAGAGAGAAAGGACCCUUUCAGGAUUUCGAGAUGGUCAUUUCAAUAUCUUAGUUGCUACUGAUGUUGCUGCUCGAGGGCUGGAUAUACCAAAUGUUGAUCUGGUGAUACAUUAUGAGAUGCCAAGCACAUCAGAAAUUUUUGUUCAUAGAUCAGGACGCACAGGGCGCGCUGGUAAGAAGGGAAGUGCGAUUCUAAUGUACACGGAACAACAGACUAGGGCUGUUCGGGUAAUUGAGCGAGAUGUUGGAUGCAAAUUUAAUGAGCUGCCUAAAGUUGCUGUGGACAGUAGGAGUCAAGAUAUGUUUGGCGAUGCUGGCGGCAGCCGCUAUGGAUCAUUUUUUGGGGGUUCAGGUGGUGGUCGUCUAGGUGGUUCAGACUUUGGUCGUUCUGGAAGCUAUGGUGGUUCACGGUUUGGCGGCUCUAGCAGAUCUGGUGGUUCAUCUGGUCGACUUGGUGGGUAUGGUGUUUCUGGUUCAGGCCAUUCCAGUUCCUUUGAUGGACCCAACUCUGGUCGAUUUGGAGGGUUUGGUGGUUCAAGCUCGGAGCGCUUUGGUAGGUCUACUUUUGGUCAGUCUGACAGACUUGGCGACUCAGGCUCAAGUCGGUCUGGAGGUAGUUCGAAUUCUAGCAGGUCAGGUGGAGUUAGCGAUUUUGGCUCUAGCCGGUUCGCUGAUUCGGGUUCAAGUCGUUUUGGUAGUUUUGGUGGUGAUAGUGACCACCGUUCCGGCAGGCGUUCAUUUUGAAGUAAUCUCAUAAAUUUGUUGUAAUACUUUUGCGUCUGGUUGUAUACAAAAAUAACGUUAUAUGAAUAAUUUCCCUUGCUGCC